AUGGACAAUCCGGAGGGUGGAACAACCGACGCGAAUGAGCACGUGGUAGUAGCCGACAGCGAGAUCUUGAAGAAAGUGGUUGCGAACUCGUUGAAUGAAAACGCCGCUAAAGUUGUCGAUGAGCCAGAGGAAAACGGAAAUCCCCUUUCGCCGCCAAUGCAACUUUCUGAAGGAGAUUCUGGCGGAGACGUUAACGGAAAGAUGAUAGAGAGUGGCAAGUCGAUGAUUGCCGAAACGGAAGCAUCCGGAGAGAAAAUCGAUAAUAAUGGCUCUUCAUCUCCAGUCGGAUCGCCAGUUGAAGAAAUGCCGAUGGAAAAUGGAGUGGUGAAGGAUGAAACAUCGGAAACUGGAGAGGUUGGAGCUGAGAAUCUUGAAAAUGCUCCAAUUGAACAAGAUGAAGUCGAUGAAAACGUUAAUGACGAAGAUAACGGUGAUAUGGUUGAGCAGAGAGAAGAAGCUGAAGCUGUUGAGGGUUCCUCACCAAUACAUUACUAUGUUCCAAUGUCUCCAAUCAUCGAAGGUGCGGCCGGCGCUGACUUAUUCUAUGACGGCCCGGAGGUUAACUACCAUGAAGAGGAAAUUGACGACGACGACGAUAAUCUUCAGUACAAUCCAGAGAAUGUCAGUGAACCUUUUAUUGAAGAAGAACCAUCAGAAUAUCCCAUUGAAGGAGCUGCAAUGCCGGAUCAGCAAAUGGAGGAGGCAGAGAAUGGCAACGUUAUUCCUCGGAAAAAGAAGAGACCGCACAAGAUCGGAGGAAUACCGUUCAGAGUUGGUCCGCACACUCCAACUGCAUCACCACCGCUAUCUGCAUCACCACCACCAUCUCCACAAUAUGAUGAAUUAGACGCUGACUAUCGUUUUGCGUUGAAACUUCAAGAGGAGGAGGAUCGACUUGCUCAACACGCUCGCAGAUCCAACUGGUCUAAUCAAAGGUCCUCUAGCGAUACAUCUUCUCAAACUAUCCAAGCGCUCGAUGAGAAGUUUUUGAUGAUGGAUGAUGGUGGAGAAAAUCGCGCCCGCAACACAAAGGGCUACGACGAGUGUUACCGCCUCUUCAAUCAAUGCAUCGACGAGCGUAGUGAAGAAUUCGUUCCAACACCAUACAGUAUUGAAGGAUUCGAAGAUUCGGAUUACAUUAGCGGAUAUCGCGAGGUUCUCAACGGACACCCGUUCCCUUUACACAAACCAAUACCGCCAGUUCCACCGGGUUCUCCAAAAGGACCGGAGACGUCUCCAUUGAGUGCCAGAACUGAUUCGUAUCGUGUUGUCAGUAACCCGAUCCAGAUUCCACUUGAAGAACUAUCGGGUACCAGAUCUGGAAAUCUGAGCAACAGGAGAGAGCCAUUGGCUCGAGUUCCAAAUGUGACAAGACUUUUUGGAGAGCUCCCAACUGAACACAACAACAAUAGCUCUGGAAGUCGUAGCUCUGGGACCCAAGCACCACUACAAAUGGGACCGCUUGUCAACGAGGCAUGGAAAAAGCGUCGUCGUCUCAAUGAAAAUGACAAUGAUUUGGAGCAUGGGCCAACUUCUCGUCGGCGACUCGACUUUUCACAAGCUCAAAGUUGUCGAGACGAGGAAUUAGACUUCCAAAGAGCUGUGGAAGAGUCAAAAAGAGAAUACGAGCUCUCCAGAAACAAUCAGAGAUCAAGAAAUUCUGGUGAAGGCUCUUCAAAUAUGUACGGUGAGGGACCUUCUAGCAGUAACGGAGCAGGAUCAUCCAGAGAUUACGGAGAGGGACCGUCAACCCGUUUCGGAGAAGGAUCAUCAAGAGACUAUGGAGAAGGACCGUCAAACCGUUAUGGGGAAGGUUCAUCCAGAGAUUACGGAGAGGGUCCAUCCACCAGCUACGGUGCCGGAUCGUCUAGAGACUAUGGGGAAGGACCUUCCACGAGCUCCGGUCCGUCAAACAGUUAUGGAGGAGGAUCAUCUAGAGACUAUGGAGAAGGGCCGUCAACCAGCUAUGGCGCCGGAUCAUCAAGCAGCUACUAUAGAUCUGGACCAUCUGACAGCUAUGGAGCGGGCCCUUCUAACCGCUAUGACGAGGGACCAUCGACAUCCGACAGUUAUGGUGCGGGGCCAAGCUCAUCGAAUAACAACUUCCGUUUCCCGUUGCAACCGCUUCGCAUCCGCAAAGCAAAUCCCCACCGCCGGAAUGGAUUGACUGAAUCAACUCUUCCUUCAACAUCAUCUGGCCACUACAAUCCACUAUCGCCACUUUCUCCACUUCACAUCCCUCAAGAUUCUCACUUGUAUCGUCCAAACUCCAAUCAAGAAGAGGACGAUGUGUUCACAUUGGACACUAUCGCUGAUGUCGAUGAGCCGGAGAUCUCUUCCACCACGUUGUCCGUCUCGGAUCCUCGUCACCCAAUAAUUAAAUGGGAUGAUCCGGAAAAGAUGCCACCGCUUGAGACUAUUCCGGAAGAAGAGCUUAAUAAGAUGCCAGAGGACUAUAUCGAGGCAAUCAAGAUUGAGCAAAGCAUUGAAAGAGAGCCCGAAGAGCAAGAGGAGCCAAAGGAGAAUCAAGAAAAUGACGAAGAAGCUGAGAGGAUUAGAAUAAUGAUAAAUGACUAUCUUCUUAUCAUUCGCUCCUACAUUUGCCCAAGCUCUGUUGUCCCUAAUGUCGUCUUCAACACUCGCUUCGAAGUCUACAUUCGUUUCCCCUUCCUUCAACGCCCGCUCUACGUCCAAAACGUCCUCGCGGCUCUCUUAAUUCCGGAUAAUCGGGGUGACAUUCUUCCAAGAAUGCCCCAACACAUUCGUGACAUGACUGUAGAUCAAUUCUUCAAGUAUGCAGCCAACAUGGCAAUGGGUCUUCGACUCCAAGACAAAAGGUUCUCUCGUGUCAUCCCAGAUGCAGACCUCCAGGAGGCCGCUGAUGAAUAUUUGCGUUCAAUGGAGAUUAUCAUGUUGGAACUCUUCCCCGAGCAAAUGGUCUAUGAUGGAAUGCUGGGACGAGAUAUUUCGCGUAUCGAUCUCCGAAUGUACGAAAUGUACCGCGACCAAGUGAUUGAAGAGAAGAAGGAUCACGUCAUGAAAAAAUUGAUGCAGUCGCAGAGUAGACUGGUGGUCGAUUCUCACUCGGUGACCGACUGUCGUACAAUCAAUCGUACAAAUCAACAAAGAAGACUACAAUCUCCCGAGUUGCCAGAGCUCGGUGCCGCUUCCAUGGCAUCUCCACAACCUUACGAUGUAGACGAGGAGAGAUUUGUUCAAGGUGUCGUGAAUGAUUUGUUAAGCAAUCCACAAUUGGCCACUGUCGAGCAACAAGCGGCGGAAGAUGAGAGUAACCACAGAGUCAUUUUGGAGCUCAUGGAGAGCAUAUUGCUCAAUAUCGAUCAAUCUCAGGAGGCGACUGAAGAGUAUGAUUAG